AUCUCCGUCUGCCAUCUGCCCCGACCGGGCUUAUUUUAACUUGUAUGUAUUUCCUCCGUCGCGAUAGGAGCAAUAGGAGGCUGACAGCUCACGUCGCCGCGCCGAGUCACCCCCGAGUUCAAUCGUUCAACCCAACAGGCAGCUGAGGCAUUCUGCUGUUUGAACUCGGCAGUAAACAGACAAACCGUUGCUGCUCAAGCACGAGGAGAAGCUUGCAGCAUGGAGGAGGGGUUUGUCGAUAUUGUCGAUGCCCUGGACGAGAUGGACUUGAUCAGUCCCAUUGAGAAAAAAAGCACUCCUGUCAAGGCUUCAGCUGCAACUGAAGAUCCUAAACCGGCGACAUCUACAGCAAGGAGCGCAAAACAACCUGCCACUCAAAAUGGGUCCCAAGAUGCAGGCACGAGUAAUCACCCUGGCUUCACUCUCAAGCCGGAGUUAAUUGUCAAGUUGCAAAUGGAGUUUCCGGAGAAAUUUGUCGAAGAAAAACUUUCCGGGUACAAAUUCAAGACGAAGGGUACGCUUUUGCGGGCGCUGCUCCAUAGAACGUACAAGCAAAAGGAGCGGCCGCGCAACAAGACGUUCUGCGAUCCUCUGGACUACAUCGGAGACUACGUUCUCAAGUUCAUCAUCUCGCAGUACCUGCUCGAGCACUGCGUUAGCAAGAACAAGGAGAAUUUGGCACACCGUCGGUCGAUGGUGGAGUGCCAGGAGGUGUACGCGUUCCUGGCCGUUCGAAACGGUUUUCACGAUCACGUGUUUAUGGAUGACCGGCGGGAAUGGGAGCAUUUGACUGACUACGUUAAGGCGAUCAGCGGCGUCCAGACUUUGGAGCAAUUGUCAAAGGUGGAGAAGCGAAAGUGCUUCGUCCACAACUUCUUCCAGUCUGUAGCCGGUGCCAUCUACGUGGACAGCGGCUAUGACCUCAAGGCGGUGGAGGGGGUCUACCUUCCCAUGCUCAAGGCAUUCCUUGAUGAAGUUAUCGACAUGGACAUUGAAAACUAAAACUCGCUCAACCUGUGUUUUUUAUUCUCGCAGUCUACAAGAAGCACAGAUCUCGCAAGUAUUAAUGCAGGGCGUGUAGUCCUGCAUUAAUACUUGCGAGAUCUGUGCUUCUUGUAGACUGAUAUAUCAUUGCUUUAUCUGCUUCUUAUUGGAGUUCGAAGGAUCUCAAAAUCUCUACUUUUCAUAUUUUUAUAUCCUUACUUUCGUUUGUUUUUAUGCUUCUACUUUUAAAUGCUUUCCGUUCGUUCAACUUAGACACGUGUUCAAUCACAGUCACACAGUUACGUCGACUGCGUUGCGUCGUGCAGCACAGUGCCUCCUCAUUGGCUCUUCGUAAGGGUUGCCAUAGCAACAGCUCGACGCGAGCAGUCUUAACAAGACGCAAGUGGUUGCAGUCGCACUCCAACGCAACGGUGUGAACGAGACUUUAUGCUUCAGCUGCUUUGUUUUACGAACGCUUACAGGACACCCUUUUUGUGUUUUCUGACUUGCGGUACCUGACGUUUUAGUGAGAAGGCUUGAAGGCAUUCAGCAUUUACCUAAAUAUUAGUGGUUCUAUUAUGGUCAGUAAACGUGCAGCGUUUACACGUUAAACAAAUAAAUGCAAAAAUAAAUCAGUAGAAAUACCACGAUAGUUGCCAUGUCCUUAAUAAAAAUGUUCGUACCUGA